AUGGCUCCUGCAGGGAAAGCUUUGGGAUUCUACAAUGAAGCCAAUGACUGGUUCUGCAAUGCAGGCAUGCCAAGUGAUAUCACCAUCGUUGUAGAUGGAGUAAACUUUCACCUUCACAAGUUUCCUCUGCUAUCAAGAUGUGGGAAAAUAGAAAAGUUGAUCAAACAAACUCAAAAUAAUGAUAAAGGGACCUGUACCAUCUCCCUAGAGGAAAUUCCUGGUGGUACCAACGCUUUUUUGGUCGCAGCUAAAUUUUGUUAUGGUGUUCCUGUGGAACUUACUCCUAGAAAUACAGUUAUGGUGUAUUGUCUGGCUGACUAUCUUGAAAUGAUCGAAGAGUAUGGAGAUGAUAACUUAUUCUCAAAGGUAGAAAGUUACUUCCAUAAGGCUGUACUAAAAAACUGGAAGGAUUGCAUGGUUGUUCUUCGAAGUUGUGAGACCGUUGUAACAAGAGCCAAUAAUCUCCAUAUAAUUAGUAAAUGCUUGAAUGCCAUAUCAACGAUGGUUUGUACAGAUCCCAGUUUGUUUGGAUGGCCGAUGAUGAUGUAUGGUCGCUUACAGAGCCCCGGAGGUAGCAUUUUGUGGAAUGGCAUCAAUACUGGUGCAAGAAUCAAAAGCUCGGAAUCUGAUUGGUGGUUUGAAGAUGUGUCACAUCUUAGUGUUGAUCUGUUUCAGAGACUUAUAAAAAUAAUGAAAUCUAAAGGCAUUCUACCAGAAAAAUUAACAGGAGCUAUAAUGUACUAUUCUGGAAAAUGUGUUCAUGGUUUAGGAAGAUGGCAAGGUGGGAGGAUUACGAAAACUAGAACAAAUGUGAGUUUUGGGAUGAAAACUGAUAUAGUUGAUCAAAGAAUUCUACUGGAAAGUAUAGUAGAAUUGCUCCCAGAAACAAAGGGCAAGUCUGUGUGUCGUUUUCUGUUGGGACUUUUACGUGUUGCUUUGAUAUUGGGUGUUAGUGACAAAUGUCGAGAAUCACUUGAAAGGAGGAUAGGAAUUCAGUUGGAACAUGCAACACUAGAUGGUCUAAUGAUUCCCAGUUAUUCUGAUUCUGAUACGUUAUAUAAUACCGAUUGUGUUGAAAGGAUGAUUAGCUGUUUCUUAACUUCUGAACUAAUGGGUGGUAUGCUAUCUUCAUCGUCAUUUGAUUUAAAUACAUCGCCAUUAGCUAUACCGUUAAGGAAUGUUUCUAAGCUUGUAGAUGGCUAUAUGGCGGAGAUUGCAUCAGAUGUGAACUUGAAACCUGAAAAGCUGUAUUCACUUGCAGAGGCUCUUCCGGGAUCUUCAAGACCUCUGGAUGAUGGACUAUACAGAGCUUUGGAUAUUUAUUUCGAGGCUCAUCCAUGGUUGCCCGAGAAAGAAAAAGAACGUCUCUGCAACAUCAUCGACUGCCAGAAACUCUCAGUUGAUGCUUGUGCUCAUGCUACUCAAAACAAACGAUUCCCACUUAGAGUCGUCCUCCAAGUGUUGUUUGUUGAGCAGAUGCAUAUGAAAGCAGCUCUAGCAGCCAUCGCUCCACAAGGUUCCACCGACACAGGCGCAGGUUCCAACAUGGCUCUGAUGCGUGAGAACCAGGUGCUAAGAGUUGGCAUGGAAAGGAUGAUGGUUCGAGUAGGCGAACUUGAAGAAGAGUUCAAUAAAAUGAGGCAAGAAAUGGUGAGAAUGAGCCAAACUCAUAGUUCUUUUGGUUCUCCACGGUUUCUUGCAAAAACACUUGGUGUGUGCAAACUCCUUGCCCGGGUCUCGGAUGCUCAUCGUGGUGUGGAAAGCAACGGAUCCGCCACUCCAAGACCAUCAACUGAUCGACUGCGGACCUCUGACCACUCCGAACAUCGUAAAAGCUCCUCUAUAUUUUCAUGAAGAAUGAUCGAUGCAGUUACCUAAAAGCGUAUGGAUCGAGGAGAUUUCAAAAACCGAAGAAUCUUUCCCGAAA